AAGCUCAAACGCCAUCCAUACAUCCUGUAGCAUUUAUGGAGCCACAAUCUUGACUAUUUAAAGAUUGGGCGUUCACUUUAUUCACUGUGCGUGACGACGAACGUAAAAAAAAAAAGAAAAAAAAAAGAUGACGAAAGGGGCGUGGAUCAAACGGGAAGACUGUUUCCUUGGGAGGAAUCUACAACAACAUAUACGAACCAAACGACGGGAUUGUGGACUUUUUCUACCUUGGAGGAGCUCAAACAGUUGCUCAUUCAACUGUUUCCCCAGAAGAAGUGACAGGAAGUUGAGAAACAGGUAACCAGAAGUCACAACCACUCAUUAUGUCAGGUUACACCAACCAGGUGCCCUACCCAAUGACUCAUCAAGGGGGCCAAUCGGUGGCCCCCUAUCCUACAUUUCAGGGCGGGUACGGGGCCCCCGCUCCAACCCCAGGUUUCAACGUUGACUACACCCAAGGUCCACCUCCUGUUAUGUUUCAACCGGGACCAAUGGGCGGCUCCCCUGGGGCCAUCAGCCCUGCGCCAGCCCCAGUUCCUGUAGUACCUGUUGGGGUUCCUCCCGGACUCGAAUACCUCACUCAGAUUGACCAGAUUCUGAUCCACCAGAAAGUGGAACUUCUGGAAGCGUUCAUCGGCUUCGAGACCAACAACCAGUAUGAGAUCAAGAACAGCCUUGGUCAGAAGAUCUACAAAGCUAAGGAGAAGAACGAUUGCUGCACGCGCAACUGCUGCGGCUCGCUGCGCAGCUUUGACAUGAAGAUUAAGGACAACAGUGACCGCGAGGUCAUCCGCCUCAUCAGGCCCUUCCGCUGCGUUUCGUGCUGGUGUCCGUGCUGCCUGCAAGAGAUGGAGGUGCAGGCGCCGCCGGGUACCACCGUGGGCUUCGUCAAGCAGGACUGGCACCCGUUCAUUCCACGCUUCUCCAUCCAGGGGCCCAACAAGGAGACCCUGAUGAAGCUGGAGGGGCCCUGUUUCGCCUGCAACUGCUGCGGGGAUGUCAACUUUGAGCUGACGGGCAAAGAUAGCAGUCAGCCCAUCGGUCGCAUCAGCAAGCAGUGGAGCGGCCUCUUGAAGGAAGUCUUCACCGACACCGACAACUUUGGCAUCCAGUUCCCUUUGGAUCUGGACGUGAAAAUGAAAGCCGUCCUCCUGGGCACCUGCUUCCUCAUUGAUUUCAUGUUCUUUGAGAAAGUGGGCGAGGCCAACCAGCGCAGCACCGUCUUCUCUUAAAACAGCAAAUGAAUAGUUAGGAAUUUUGGGAAUUUCCGUCCGACCGCCACUUAUCACUCCAAUAGGAAGUUCCACUUUGUAUAUCCUGGGUCGUAUAGUAAUGCAUUGUUUAAGGAGGCUCCCCCAAACACAAUAUGCCACAUGGCAAAAAAAACAACUUGCGAAAGCAAAAAAAAGAGAAAAAAAAACCGAAUGUGAUUCGGGCAUUGUAGUGGCGUGUCACGUCCAGUCUGUGUGAUGAGGCUCAGUCCGAAUAUGUGCAAAUUGUAAAUAAUGCGAUUUCCAUGCAAUUUCUCCCCUACUGAAGCCGUGCCAGUCAUCCCGCAAAAUUCAAUCAUUCACCUUGGAUAAUGUGCCAGGCUCCUACUCACGUGCCUGAUUAUUUAACCACUCCGAGAAUUGUCGGCAGAUAUUGACACUACCUCUCAUCCAAUAGUCACUUUUCUACAUAUCUGUUUGAAACAUUUCUGACAUAUUUUAAUCAAUAUGAAUUUAAAAAUAGAAGCACUGUAUGUUAAUAUACCCAUGCCACUGCUA